GCGUGCCGUCCCUCUUCCUCUCCAACACGCUGUUAUCCCCCAACCCUUCCAUCUAGCGUCACCGGCUCGAGCGCUCACGAAAACGCCAUGGCUGGACUCCCACCCGUUUACAUCGUCUCGGCUGCGAGAACCCCCGUCGGAUCGUUCCUUGGCUCCCUCUCGAGCCUGAGCGCGACGCAGCUGGGCUCUUCCGCCAUCAAGGGUGCUGUUGAGAGGGCAGGCAUCAAGCCCGAGGACGUCGAGGAAGUCUUCUUUGGUAAUGUCCUAUCUGCCAACCUCGGUCAGGGCCCUGCCCGCCAGGCCGCCAUCGGUGCCGGCCUCCCCCAGUCCACCAUCUGCACGACGGUGAACAAGGUCUGCGCCUCGUCGCUCAAGGCCAUCAUCCUUGGCGCCCAGAACAUCAUGCUCGGCACCUCGUCCGUCGUCGUCGCCGCCGGCGCCGAGUCCAUGUCCAACACCCCGCACUACCUGCCCAACCUCCGCACCGGCGCCAAGUACGGCGACCAGACCCUCGUCGACGGCGUCCUCAAGGACGGCCUGACCGACGCCUACAAGAAGGAGCACAUGGGCCUCCAGGGCGAGCUGUGCGCCGACGACCACGACCUGUCGCGCGAGGCCCAGGACGAGUACGCCAUCAACUCGUACAAGAAGGCCCAGGCCGCCACCGAGGCCGGCCUCUUCAAGGAGAUUGUCCCCGUCGAGGUCAGCGGCGGCCGCGGCAAGCCCCCCGUCAAGGUCGACCGUGACGACGAGGUCAAGAACCUCAACGUCGACAAGCUCAAGGCCAUGCGCCCCGCCUUCAAGCCCGACGGCUCCAUCACGGCCCCCAACGCCGCCCCCAUCAACGACGGCGGCGCCGCCGUCGUCCUCAUGUCCGAGGCCAAGGUCAAGGAGCUCGGCGUCAAGCCCAUCGCCAAGAUCCUCGGCUGGGGCGACGCCGAGCGUGAGCCCGAGCGCUUCACCAUCGCGCCGUCCCUGGCCGUCCCCAAGGCCAUCAAGCACGCCGGCCUGACCGAAAAGGACAUUGAUUUCUACGAGAUCAACGAGGCCUUCUCCGUCGUCGCCCUCGCCAACAUCAAGCUGCUGGGCCUCGACGCCGACAAAGUCAACGUCUACGGCGGCUCCGUCGCCAUCGGCCACCCCCUGGGCUGCUCUGGCGCCCGCAUCGUCACCACCCUAACCUCGGUCCUCCAGGAGAAGGGCGCCAAGAUUGGCUGCGCCGGCAUCUGCAACGGCGGCGGCGGCGCCUCUGCGCUGGUCAUUGAGAACCUGCAAUGACUCGGCCACCACCAUGCGCAGACAGCGAGGCUGUAACGACUACAUGAGCCAUGCCGGACAGAGACAUGUUUGGAGCAAAUGUGCACCCCAGAUUCUUUUCUGAGUCAAAAGUGAUGUCGCAGCACGGCUUAUGCAUACAUAGCAUAUAAACAUUUAAUUGAAGUAAACUUUUGGCCUCGGUCUCAGCUAUAACUGUACUCCAUAAUUAGCAUGUCCCGAUGGGCUGAUGGCGAGG